CCUCGCCAGGUCCUGCAUCCUCAGCGAGGUGUCCACGCGGUCCCGCUCUAAGCUACCUUCGGGGAAGAACGUCCUCCUGCUGGGUGAAGAUGGAGCAGGUAAAACUAGCUUAAUAGGAAAAAUUCAAGGAAUAGAGGAAUACAAAAAAGGAAGAGGAAUGGAGUAUUUGUAUUUAAAUGUGCAUGAUGAAGAUCGAGAUGACCAAACAAGAUGUAAUGUAUGGAUUUUGGAUGGUGACUUGUAUCACAAAGGUCUUCUUAAAUUUGCGAUGGAGGCAAGCUCUCUAAAGGACACUCUAAUUAUGUUGGUAGUAGACAUGUCUAGGCCUUGGACUGCACUGGAUUCUUUACAAAAAUGGGCAAGUGUUGUAAGAGAACAUAUUGACAAGUUAAAAAUUCCUCCUGAAGAAAUGAAAGAAAUGGAACAAAAGUUGGUAAGAGACUUCCAGGAAUAUAUAGAACCAGGCGAGGAUUUUCCAGCUUCUCCACAGAGAAGAAAUACUUCAUUACAGGAAGACAAAGAUGACAGUGUGAUUUUACCCCUGGGUGCAGAUACACUAACAUGUAACUUAGGCAUUCCAGUAGUAGUAGUUUGUACAAAGUGUGAUGCCAUCAGUGUUCUGGAAAAAGAGCAUGACUACAGAGAUGAACACUUCGACUUCAUUCAGUCACAUAUCAGACGGUUUUGCUUACAGUAUGGGGCAGCACUUAUUUACACUUCAGUAAAGGAGAACAAAAACAUUGAUUUAGUGUAUAAAUAUAUAGUCCAGAAGUUGUAUGGAUUUCCUUUCAACGUUCCAGCUGUUGUUGUGGAAAAAGAUGCAGUAUUUAUUCCUGCAGGUUGGGAUAAUGACAAGAAGAUAGGAAUAUUGCAUGAGAACUUUCAGACACUAAAAGCAGAAGACAGUUUUGAAGAUAUCAUAAUAAAGCCACCUGUCAGAAAGUUUGUUCAUGAAAAAGAAAUUGUGGCAGAAGAUGAUCAAGUGUUUCUUAUGAAGCAGCAGUCACAGCUGGCGAAACAACCACCUACUGCUGCAGGAAGGCCAGUGGAUGCCUCUCCAAGAGUUCCUGGUGGAUCUCCUAGGACACCAAAUAGAUCCGUAACAUCAAAUGUUGCCAGUGUUACACCUAUCCCUACUGGAUCAAAAAAAAUUGAUCCCAAUAUGAAAGCUGGAGCUACUAGUGAAGGAGUCCUGGCUAACUUCUUCAAUAGUCUCCUGAGCAAGAAAACUGGUUCCCCUGGUGGCCCUGGUGGUGUGGGUGGCAGUCCAGGAGGAGGUGGCACUGGAAGUGCUGGCAGCAACUUGCCACCAUCAGCAAAGAAGUCAGGUCAGAAGCCAGUUCUAACAGAUGUUCAGGCAGAAUUGGACAGAAUUUCACGAAAACCUGAAAUGGUCUCUCCUACAACACCUACAUCUCCCACAGAAGGUGAAGCAUCUUGAAGACACCAAAUAAAACCAAUUGUUGAGUUUUCUGGGAUAAUUCAAACUUGCCUCUGCCUCUUCCUUCAGUGACUGGAGCUAAAGAACUGAAAUACCUUUCAGAACACAAACAGUUGAUGUCUGUCUUUCUUUCAUAUGUGUUGCCCAACUUUACAAAAGGGAGCUGUACAGAUGGAAAACGGUUAUCACAUCUUGUAGGAGUACCGUUCACAGUGCAAGAAUAGUAAAUUAAUUUUUUUCUGGGUUUUGCUGAAAAGUGUAAUUCUGUAAAAUUGCAAGUAUGUCCACUUAAGUGAUAGGGGUUGCUUAGAGCAGGAAAACUGAUACACACCACAGGCACUUAAUUUAUAUCGAUUUCCCAACCUGUUAGGCAAGCUUAAUACUACCUUAAAUAGAUUAACCUCUACAGGAGAGAGUUUUUGGAAGAGAAAAUGAAUUGCACAAAGCUGUAACAACAAACUCCAGUUAUACUUGAACACUUAAUUUGGGGUAUGGUUAAAAAAAAAUCUGUUUGAUCUCCACUGAGAUUUACACUGCAUUCAAAAACCCAUGCAAAAAUUCAUUCCAGAGAUAAGACUAAAUUAGUGGCCAGAUUUUUUGAUUUUUCUCUUUGAUUAAUUUCAGACACUGAAUAAAAGAUGUAUAAAGAAAAAGCAGAGGUUAAAUGUACAGAUUAUCAGUAUCCAGAUUUGUCUAUAUAUAUAUGGCUCAGCCUUAAUGUCCCCCACUGUUUCCCACAUUAGUUAUGGUUUAAAAUUGGUCAUCAAAACUGUAAUCAGUUAAUAAAGUAUUCUCUGCAUUCAAAUUUAAAUUAAUUUGCAUUGAAGCCAUGGUGUUCUUGUUUGUUUACAGUUAAAUCUAAGGAUGUGGUGUAAAACGUCUUAAAACAUGCUUUUAUAUUUUACCUCUCAGCAACUACUAUAUUUAAACUUCCUUAAAACCUUGUUUCUGGAAGGAAGAGGAGAAGUCGGCAGUGUUUGUUCCUAGGAGUAAAACUAGUUUAUCCGACUUGGGUGGUUUCUGCUGCAAUGUGUUUUGAAAGCACAAGUUACCCUAAGGAUCCUGCUGCUGACUCCAGUAUUUUGUCUAAGAAGUAGUUGACUGAAGUUAGGACUUUACUUAAGCUUUCAGUACACAAAUGUUGAGCUUUAUUUUACUCUUCUGUGUGAAGUUUGUGGUCUCUUUCUACUGAUGGCUACAGAAUAGAAAGUGUAAAAGGUAUAUCCUGAUCAAAUGAUUGCCAAGAGACUUCUUUAAUGAGUUCAGGUUUUCUAAACCAGAUUUCUUUAAAUCAGUAAGUCUUAUGUUAAUUUCUCUGAUUACUGAGAAAACUUCUGAAAUGCUAGAGAGGAGGGGGUGAAUCCUCUUUAUUUUGAACAUGGUGAUACCCUUCUCCAAUUCCUGUAUUCUGUAGUGUUUCUAGUGAACUACCCCCAUAUUUUCAAAAUACCUAAAUUUACUUAAGAACAACAUAUUUUCUUGCACAUUGAACUCCCUAAAGUUAAACAUUCUUGUUAAAAUUGGCUCUGAAUAUUGAAUUGUGGACUGACAAGUUUCAGUAGAGAUUCUUAACUAUGGAUCAGUUGUUCAAACUGGAGUCCUUAAAAUUUUGCUUAUGGCGGUGGUUCAGUAAAGGAGGCAUAUGGGGAAAUGCAUGACCUGCUGAUGAACAACUUUAUAAAAUAAAUGGAAGAAAAAAAAAAAUUAAGCUUCCAAUCGUGGAUGCGUGGCAUGCAUCAGUAUCAGAGCACUUCUCUAGAGUCUGCAUUGAAACUUCUUGAAACAGAACUUGAAAUGUGCUUGAGAGAAUGGGUCCGGCUCAUAUCGUCAUCAGUACCCUUCUUACUCCAGUGGUACGUGCUGGUAGGGUCGACUCUGGAUUUUAAGGCAACACCUUUGGAAAGAGAACUUCAGCUCCUGCAGUCUAUAAUUUAGUUCCUUUGGGCAUCUGUCAAAGUACAACACCGUUUCCAAAGCUGGAAAACUACAUGUGUCAUAUAUUAAGAGUUGUUAUUGCCCUUUUUUUUUUGUGGAGGCUGGGACAGGGGAAAACUUUACGAAUGACUCAUUAUAAUUUCACUUCUUAAAACAAAGUUGGCAAAACGUCACUUCUGCAUAUUUAAAAAAAAAAAAAUACAAAAAACCCCAAAACUUUAAGGUAUCUUUACCACAAAAGGAAAACAUGUGAGAAUGUGUUUCUAUGUAACCUGAUGGCUUUGGCUUCUCAUUCCCCUCUGAUGAGACCAAGGCUCCAGGGCUGGUUGCUUGGUCCUCCUGAGUUGCAAUGCCCUUGCCUGCUGCUUUGAUGAGAGUAGACAAUUAAGGUGGGAUUUACCAGAACAAUCAUGCAAAAUGAGUCUCUGUGACAGAAGGCCCCUCUCACAAAACCUGGUUCCUGUGAAUCCUCCCUGUUCUCCUUUGCUCACCAUCAACUCGGGCACCAAAACUAAAUAAUAAAUAAAUUGGGUAGAACAAUUAA